AUGUCUGGUCCAGCGCUGUACCUGCAGCCUUGGUCUGUGUUGGCCAAGGGCAGAAUUCUGUCAGCCGACCCAGGGUGUCCCCAACAAACAUCAGGGAUUAAACAGCCACCAUCACCCCCCCUCCGGCCCCAGCCCCCGCCAUGGGGCAUGAGGAGAUGUGGGGGCUGGUUGGCCCAGUCCUGGGGCUCUGGGGCCCCGACGACUGCCCCGGGCCCAAGAACUUGUACACCAAGUUGCAGGAGGACUUCCAGAGCCAGAAGACACCCGGAGACCGGGAGGCAACCCACCGCGCUUCCUGGCCCUCUUCUGCCGUCAUACCAUAUCAGCUGGAACAAUUGUCUUUCGAAGAGCAAUGUUCUAGCUUCAACCCAAACCAAAGAAGGUCUGAAUCUCGUGUUGAUAAGCAGAGAUGUUUCAUAUUUCUUCGCCGAUGUCAUUGUCAACAGUGUUCCCACGGAUCUUCAGCUUGGAGGAGGAUCACUCUCUCAGGCUCUUUUGCAGAAAGCUGGUCCCAUGCUCCAGAAAGAGUUAAAUGCCACCAGGCAGGAAACAGAGGGGGAAGUUGGUAGCAUAUUCAUGACAAGUGGCUGCAAUCUGGACUGCAAAGCUGUGCUCCAUGUUGUGGCUCCAGAAUGGGAUAAUGGACCUGGGUCUUCUCAGCAGAUCAUGGCAAAUAUAAUCAAGGAAUGUUUGACGACUAUAGAUCAGCUAUCUUUUUCAUCAAUCACAUUUCCCAUGAUCAGAACAGGAAAUUUGGGUUUUCCCGAAGCUGAAUUAAUUGUAUUUGCUGAAUUAAUGCUUUCAGAAGUGUUGAAAUUUAGUAGCAGUGCAUGGUUGAAAACCUUCUUGGGUCCAGAGAACCAAGGAAUUCACUUUCUGGUACAUCUAGAUGAUGAUGAAAGCCAUCAGGCAUUUUUACAUGAAUUCACUAGUCGUCAUAGAAAUCCCAACAUGGACAGGAUUCUCAUGGCUGGAAAUACCCAAGGUGUCUUUGGGACUGUCACUAACCCUAACUCCACAACGUAUGAAAUGAAAAUUGGUGUGAUUACAUUCCAGGUUGCUGUUGGAGAUAUCACAAAAGAAAGCACAGAUGUUAUUGUAAACUCAACAGCAAGGAUGUUUAAUCUGAAAUCAGGUGUGUCAAAAGCAAUUUUAGAAGGUGCUGGACAAGCUGUGGAAGAUGAAUGUGCUAUAUUAGCGACACAGCCUCACAGAGAUUUUAUAGUUACACAAGGUGGACACUUAAUGUGCAAAAGAAUAAUUCAUGUUCUUGGGGAAAAUGAUGUCAGGAAAACUGUUUCCAGUGUUCUAGAAGAGUGUGAACAGAGGAAGCACAUAUCUGUUUCCCUUCCUGCCAUCGGAACAGGAAAUGCUGGGAAAGACCCAAUCAGAGUUGCUGAUGACAUAAUCAUUGCUAUUGUAGACUUCACAUGGAAACAUCCUACCCCAUCAUUAAAAAAAGUUAAAGUUGUUGUCUUUUUAACUAAGCUGCUAAAUAUAUUCUAUGACAGCAUGAAGAAAAGAGAAAUAAUCACAUCACCCACCUUUCAGUCCACAUUCCUCAAGGCUGCAUUUUCAGGACUUUCCAGACAGCCUCCUAUAAUAUAUGGGAAAAGUAUAAAAACUAUGGGACAAAAUCUCCUGUCAACUGAUUGUUCUUCUGCGGGACAAAAUCAUGCCUGGAAAGCAAAAAUAACCAAUGAACAGAAAGAAGAGAGACAUGGUAAUAUUCCUGAAACCUGGACUGACAUGAAUCAGCAGCAGUUUUGUGUGAUCCAGCUACAACCCGGACAGUCAGAAUAUGACACUGUGAAGAACAAGUUGUCUCAGACUUGUCUUUCCUACAGAAUAGAGAAGAUUGAGAGGAUACAGAAUGCAUUUCUUUGGCAGAGCUACCAGAUAAAGAAAAAGCACAUGGACAUGAAGAAUGGCCAUAUGGAUAAUGAGAGAAUCCUCUUCCACGGGACAGAUGCAGACUCAGUGCCACACAUCAAUCAGCAUGGCUUCAAUCGCAGUUAUGCUGGGAAGAAUGCUAUAGCCUAUGGAAAAGGAACCUAUUUUGCUGUUGAUGCCAGUUAUUCUGCUAAUGAUACAUACUCCAGACCAGACGGCAAUGGGAGGAAGCAUAUUUAUGUUGUACGAGUACUUACAGGAGUCUACACACGUGGGCAUGAAAGAUUAAUUAGCCCUCCAUCAAAGAACCCUUAUAAAUCCACAGACCUGUUUGACUCUGUCACAGAUGAUAUACAACAUCCAAAGAUAUUUGUGGUAUUCUUUGAUUAUCAAGCUUACCCAGAAUAUCUCAUAACUUUCAGAUGUUAAAACAUAGGAUUUAGUCAUCUAUUUAUUAGAACAAUUUAUAGAGUUUUUGUUUUUGCCUUUGGCUUGUUUACAUAGAUUAAAAAGUCUCCAUGUUAGGAGCUAUAAUGGUGAAAAAAGCCUUUUAAAAUGCUCUAUUGCAAUUUGUAGCAUUCCUUUCUUCUGAACAUAUUGAUGGCUGGAAGCUAAGAAAUAUAAAUGAUACAAUUAUAGCUACAGCUAUAGACACCAAAUCCACAGGAGAACAAAGAGCACCUUUCUUCUUUUCCAUUAGGAAAGAAAUAAGGUGAAUCACUCUAAAGCCAGGUUGUCACUGUUCUUACUGGAAUAUGUUAAGACAUUAAACUGUGUUGAGCUAAACCACACUACCAAAUGAAUGGGUUGCUACUAUGCAUCUGUAACAACUGGGGAUUUUGCCUCCCUGAGAAACACUUAUUAACAAUAGAAUGACUGAGUCAAAGAAUAUUAUGUCAAAUAUGCUGUGGAACAAAUCAGGUAGAAAAUGUGUUACACUGAUAUCUAAUGCUACCUUGCAAAUUACUGGCAAACUUAAUGGCUUUGUGGGUAAGGAAGUCAGGCCUGGCUUAGCUGAGCCAUUCUGACUUAAGGUUUAUCAUGAAGUUGCACUGAAGUUGUCGACAAGGAAUGCAGUGAUCUGACGGCCUCACUGGGGUUGGAGGAGCUGCCUCCAAGGUGAAUUGCUUAGAUGGCUGACAAGGUUUUGCUGGUUGUUGGCAGGAGUCCUCAGUUCUUGUUCACAUGGACCUCUCUGCAGAGCUGCUGUAGUGUCCUCAUGACAUGGCAGCUGGCUUACUCUGCAGUAGCAAUUCGGGAAAGAGAAAGCAGAAGCCAUGAUGUCUUUUAUGGCCUACCUUCUGAAAUCAUACUCCAUCCUUUUCACAAUAUCUUAUUGGUUGCAUGAAUCAGCUCAUUCAAUGUGAGAGGGAAUUAAACAAGGCAUGGACACCAGCAGGCAAGGAUAAUUGAGGACUCUUUUGGAAGUCAUAUAAAUGAGUGAAUGAAUGAUAAAUUGAUAACAUGUUAGCAGUGAAAAGGAUACUACAGAUCAUCUGAUCCCACUGUUUCCUCACCUUUCUCCUUUCACUACCUCCCACUCCUAGGACAAAAAGCCCUCUAGCCACUGCUUGACCAUGUCCAGCACUAAACGUCUUGAGAGGACACAUUCCAUUCUGGGACAGCUCAUGUUAUUGGAAAACUCUUGCUUACGCUGAGUUAAAAAUCUAUCCUAUUUCUAUUCCCUGCUGAUCACUGUCCUGCCUAAACUGAUACAGAACAUAUCUCAUUUUAUUUACAGGUGAUAGCCCUUCAGAUUCGCCUCUUAUAUUAAUGUUAGUCAAAUUCUAAAAAUGUUUAACAGCUUAUUUACCCUGAAACAUUACUUUUUAAGAGUCACAGACAUUUAAGAAGUGAUUACAUUAUCAUACAUAAAGCACAUUUAUUUAUGCACAUUUAAAGAGUACAGAAACACAUUUUAAAAACUCUCACCAACAAACAAGUGCUGGCGAGGAUGUGGAGAAAAGAGAACCCUAGUACACUAUUUGUGGGAAUGUAGGCUGGUGCAGCUACUGUGGAAAACAGU